CUAAUCUCUGUGUCGCUCCAAUUUUAACGGAUGUCCCGAAGGACCUUCUUCCUUCUCUCACUCUUUCGACGACACGGAUGAUAGGAAAUCCACCGGACCGUGCUUCGAAGGGGGAAAGAGUGCAUAUCGGCAGCUGCUGUGCACGCGGGCGAAGUACGAGGGUUGUGGCUUCGCGGCCGCUCAGCCAGGACGCCGCACAUGACAAUGGAGUCGCAACAAAACGAGUCCGACGGUUGCUUGUCGGCCGGCCGGGCCAUAGAUGCUGACAAAUCGCCACCUCAGGACCUCGGGGUGACUCUACCGGUAGUCAAUCUCGGAAACGAAGCGUCUAACGUUGCCCUCCUUCCGGGUGACACUGUCUUAAAGGCGGAGGAAGAGUUGGGAGAGAAUUCGGCCAGCGCAGCCAUAGCAGCCAUUGAGCGGGAGAUAGAGGAGGUAGAGGAACACGGUGAGAGAUCUGAGCAGAAGGGGCAGGAAGAGCGGGAAGACGUGAAGGAGGGAAAGGAAGCACAGAGUCUGACCAUGUCGACAGGCUCGGGGGAGGUGGUAAUGAAUCUGACGUCAGUGGAUUUCUUACCGUUGGCGUCAGCAUUAAAGACUUUGGAGGCGUUCCGAGACUGGAGCCCGUCGACUACCGAUCGCAGCUCCAUUUUCAACGUGGCAUCGACUCCGUUGAGGGUGGACUGGAGAAAGUAUCAUCGUUGUAGUGAGGAUGUGAGCAUUGACGCUAUCAAGGUAGAGGAGGCGGACGACCGUACUUCGUUAUCCUCUGCUGGAUCUGCGCUUGCGCACCUUGGUCCUCCUCCUCCUCCUCCUCCUCCUCCUACCAGCGCGCCGACUCCUAUUGGUGAUGGUGUCGAUGCUGCUUGUCAUGAGUAUGUUGCCGACGGUACUCGUUCUCCCGCCGAUCUGAGGUCGAGGCAGAAGCAACGGCUGUUGGUGUGCCACGACAUGAUGGGCGGAUAUGUCCAAGACUCCCUUCUUCAGGGUGGUUCCGAGAUGACUGUCUACAGAAUCUGGCAUUGGGAGUUAAUAGACAUCUUCGUCUACUUCAGUCAUCAUCUCGUGACUAUCCCUCCUGCCACGUGGACGAACGCUGCGCACACGAAUGGAGUGCAGAUGCUUGGGACCUUCAUCACGGAAUGGGCAGAGGGUGCCGAGCACUGCAGAAAGAUCUUUGCGACAGUGGAGUCUGCCAGACAUUAUGCAUCACAGCUUGUUCAGAUUGCUGCUCACUUUGGAUUUGAUGGGUGGCUAAUAAACAUCGAAAAUCGGAUCGAGAAGGACCACAUUGCCAAUUUGCUGGAAUUCCUACGCUGUCUUACUGAGAAGAUGCAUGUGGCAGUGCCCAUGUCACAGAUUAUCUGGUAUGACAGUGUUACAGAAGAUGGUGUGCUGGACUGGCAAAAUGAGCUGACAGAGAAGAACAAGUGCUUUCUUGAGGUGACAGAUGGACUUUUCACAAACUACUGCUGGAAAGAGCGAUCGCCGGCUGCAUGUGCUCUGGCAGCUGGGACCAGAGCUUCCGAUGUUUACAUGGGUGUGGACGUCUUCGGGCGAAAUACCUACGGUGGUGGUGGUUAUCAUUGUGACCUGGCAGUGAAAGCGGCAAAGAAUGUGAAAGUCUCUGCAGCACUGUUUGCCCCAGGCUGGGUUUACGAAACAAAACAACCAUGGGAUUUUGAAGAAUCGCAAGAUCGGUUCUGGAAGCUGAUUGCAAAUGCAUGGGUGCCCCCGCAUCCUUGCUCUACGACGCUGCCAUUUCUAUCAACUUUUGACCAGGGUGUUGGCUUGGCUGUGUACAGAGAGGGAAGAAGGGUGUCAUCAUCCUCCUGGCACAAUCUCUCCUCACAGAGCAUUGAGCCAUGCUUUGCGUCUGUUUCACAGAGUGCUGUCGUUCCAUCAGGGACAAAGCAUUUGCAACCAAUAGCAGCACGGAUCUCCUUCGAUACAGCCUUCAGCAGCGGUGCUAGCCUUAAGCUUGCAGGAAAGCUGGCAAAAGGUCAUAAAGCGCUCCUUGAAGUCUUCAGACCAUUUAUUGAUCUCCAGUGCAUCGAGCACAAUCCGCUGCAAGUGUCGUAUGUGCUUUCCAGAAAGGCAGGAGCUGAGGCGGAGCUUGUCCUCGAGCUGAUUGGUGCAGAUGAAUGUUCAGCUGGCCGUCAGGAGGAGAAUCCGAGCAACGCAAAAGCUUCAGCAUUCAUCAUUUGCUCUCAUCUGGGAGCGCAGGGUGAACCUGCAAACAAAACUGAGAGCGGAGGAAUUUUGGAAGGUGUCACGGUGUCAGAAUCAUCACACUUCCACCAAGCCGCAGCAGGUGUUUUCGACCAUUGCGACGUUGACAUCAAAAGGCCAAACAGCUGCAUGCACUUCGUCGCACAAAAAGGUCCCAGUGCCGGCCAGCAAGUGGACCAUGGCCCUCAUAAUUCUGGCCCAGAUGCUGUUGAUGCACUGAGUGGGGAUGUCACUGAUGUGGAUGCCGAAGUCCAGUCUCCCUCAGUUGGAGCAGGGAAUGGGGAGAGAAUGGAGGUGGAGUGGGAGCUGAGGGCUUAUGAGAUCGAUGCAUCUGUCCUGAAGGGCAGGACCAUUGUCAGUAUCGCAGUCCUCUGCAGUCAGAAGAAAGGGGAGAUGGAAACACUGCAAGCCCAUGAGGCACAAAAGGAGGGCAACGAACAUCCUGUCAUUGAUGCACCCGGACCUCAGCCAACCGGCCAGGUAACCCAGGUUAUCUCCGGUUCAAAGGCAGGUGAGCAUGGCGAUUUUAGGAUAUUAACUGAUCAGUCACCUGCAGAGAAGAGCAUUGCAAGUUUGCAGGAUGAGGUGCUACUCAAUUCCAACACACAAGACACACCGGGCGAGCCAAAGGAGCAGGAAUGUGAAUGUAUUGGGAGAGAAGCAGAGGGAUUGGGUGGCAACACAGGGGUGCAUGAUGACACCAUCAGUGACGGGAAGUGUACCAGCAUGAGAGACAAGCCGAGUGUCGAAGAGCACACACCCCACAGACAUGAGGAGGAUGUUGAGUUUUGUGCAUUUCUGGGUCAGGUUUGCUUGGCAUGGGAGAGAGUGCAGCGGGUUGCAGUGAACUUGGUCGACUGCAAGGAUGUCAUUUGGGGAUCGUGGAAGCACGAGAAAGUAGCUAAUGAGGGGGCUGUGGAGGGAUUGAGGUGUCAGGUUCUUGGCAGCAAAGGAGAUCGGGAAUUCAGUGGAACCCUUGUUUUUGAGCCUUCCACCACUCCUGAACAUGUACUAUGGUAUGAUGUUUACUACUGGGGUCUAACCUCCUCAAGACUGCACGAUGGAGGUGUGAUUGAACAACUGGGAAAAGAUUGGAGAGAGGGGCUAAGGAACCCCCAGAGGCUCAAUCAGGGCAGUAACGGUGAUUUUGAAACGAUCAUUGAUAGCAGGCCACAAUGGCUGGGCACCGCCAGGUUGCAGGCAUUCAGGGUCUACAAGUUACAUGUGCCGGGGUCAUGGGAUGCGGUUGGCUUCGGAAUUGAGGCCGUUGACAGAACAGGAGUGCGACACCCUUUUAGAGGUGACAGCCAGGCGCUGGUUAUCAGCAGAGCAGACGGUAAAUUGUAGCCCGUCAUGCCCUAGGGAGGGACUCCCUCCCUACCACCAUUGCAUACGCCAUCUUGAACCCACUCCGCCGUGUCAAAUGAGGUUCCUUAUUGCGACUGUCUUUAGAGGGUAAGAGCCAACCAUCACCACCUAGCCCAUGCCCGUUUCUUUGCCACACUCCAAUCCAUCAUCACGAUCUUUACGGAUCAUCUCCACUGUCGUUGCCCUCAGUGUCUGUUAAUAAUUUUUUCGAUACUGCACCCAUAAAAAUAUAUAUAAAAUUAUAAAUACAUGUAAAAUAAUAAAAGAAAAAACAAUGUUGUUAUCCAGACAACUGGAUGGGCAUCCCGAGUUGUCAGUAUCCGGCUACCAGACGAGUUGAUGCCUGUUCAUUUUUUUUAUUUGGACCAUUUUCUCUAUUUAGUAUUUACUAUUUACACAUUUUCAGAUGAGGGGACCAGGAUAAGGAAGUUUGAGAAGAUUUGGUGGGAUCGCACACCGCUUGCUCGGCUGGGACAACCCCCCAGACAGUGUUCUGGGCCUUCUGACCAUUUAUUUGUGGUACACGUACCGCAAUCCUCAAAAAGCAGACAACAGCUUAAUAUUGCUUCCCCAAGGACUUAAGGUCCUAUGUUCUUUUUUGUUUUUUUAAGACAAAGGAAAUUUUGCAUCAGUUGCUGGGAACCAGGUACAGCAUCCCUCCCUGACAGCAAUAUACACUCGACGCUUCGUUCCGUUAUGGCCGAAGGACCCAUUGCUCCUAUCUGGGAGUAUACACCCCUCCUGCACCCCUGUUGCUGCUGAUAAUCCAUCUCUGGACUUCCAGCCUCUGUUGGCCCGGAUCUGUUUAAUCCUCUCGCGAGUCUCGGCCUUCUUGGACUGCCAAAUAAAGCUUUAUAAAGCUA